CUAUGCUCAGUGACAACCUAGAACCUAGUGACAACCAGCAGAAGGUUUUAGUUUUAGUUCUCGGGGAUUAAAUUUACGUAGUUUAAGGUCUUAGAUCUCAGAAUGCUGAGUUUCUCCCCACUCGUUCUUUUUAGCCAACAAUCGUUCCCGUGAGGCUUUUUAGUUUUUAUCCAACUUCAACCAAAUACUGUGUCUGUAGAUUGUUGUUAUUUCACCCAAUAAAAAAAAAAAAAAAAAAAAAAACAAGUCAACUUCUUAAGAAUAAGAUGUCCAGUAUCCUGGUUGAAAUUACCUCGUAGGUAUUUCGGAUUUUAGUGAUAAUGUCCAAAGUUACGAAGGUCCUGUCCCCGAACAAAGGGAAGCAGCAGGAUCUACCCCUAAAGAGAACUGUCCAGAAACGUGGCCCAACCAGUGAUGCGGCGAACAGAUUCUCUGAUAUUUCGUUCAGUGAUUUAUCGUAUUCUGUAAAAACAGGAUUAAAUCCAUUGAAUAGAGGGACCAAACAAUUACUGAACUCAAUCAACGGUGAAUUUAAAAAUGGGCAAGUCACUGCAAUCAUAGGACCUUCAGGGGCAGGAAAAACUUCCCUCUUGAACAUUCUCACAGGAUUUACGACUGAAGGUGUUGAUGGGAAAGUUUUAAUUGAUGGGAAAGACAAAAAUGACACUCUUUUUGCAAAACAGUCCUGCUACAUCAUGCAAGACAAUCACCUGCAGCCACUACUAACGGUACAAGAAUCUAUGACCUUUGCUGCAACAUUGAAGUUAGGCCGCAGAUCCUCUCCAAAAAGAAAGAUUCGCAAAGUCAACCUCGGUCGCAUUUACGAACCACUUACUCUUUUCAACUCUGAUUCUGAUAGUGGUGAUGAAAAUUCCUUGCAACCCUUACCGAAAUCAGUGAAAUUUGUGGUUGACUCAGUACUUGACUCGAUGAACUUAAUAUCACAUAGACACACGCUAGCUGGAACUUUGAGUGGUGGAGAGCGUAAGAAAUUAUCCAUCGCUCUGGAACUUAUCAAUAAUCCUCCGUUUAUGUUUUUUGAUGAGCCAACAAGUGGACUUGACAGCACAUCAGCAAAACAAUGUUUGUCAAUUCUAAAGCAACUUGCAUCUGGUGGUCGGACGAUUAUUUGCACUCUGCAUCAGCCAAGUGCCUCGCAUCUAAACUUAAUCGAUAACCUUUACUGUCUGGCAAAUGGUGAAUGUGUCUACCAAGGAUCUCCAGGAAAUUUGAUCCCUUUUCUAAGCUCCAUUGGCUUUGAAUGUCCAACGUAUCAUAAUCCAGUUGAUUUUUUGAUCGAGCUAGCUUCUGGAGCUUUGGGAUAUCAUGUUGAUGCCUUAGUCAAACAUAUAAGCAAUGGAAAAAACCAGGAAUGGAAAAAAGAUAAGGAAACAAUCCCAUCUGGAUCUAAUGAUACCCCUCAAUCUGUGAUACCUCUCGAAUUUGAUAAUGCUGACUUCAGUUAUCAACACACUUAUGGAUGCUCUGUACUUACACAGUUUCGAGUUCUACUGUGGAGGGAUAUAAUCAAAAUUUAUCGGGAUAGCUUCCUGACAAAUACUAGACUGACGUUGCAUUUUUUAGUCGCUCUCCUUUUAGGAAUUUUUUACUAUGGUAUAGGUCAAGAUGCUGCUCACACACUUGACAAUUUUAGUUUACUUUUCUUCUCUGUUCUAUUUUUAAUGUUCACAUCUCUCCAAUCUAAAUUGAUAACAUUCCCCGAAGAGAUGCCCAUCGUAUCAAGAGAACAUUUCAAUGGAUGGUAUUCAUUGGAAGCUUAUUUCAUCACAAAUUCAAUAUCAGACGCACCAAUACAGAUUCUGAGCGUGUUGAUUUAUUCCAUAACAGUCUUUGUCAUGUCUUCUCAGCCAUUAGAACUCUACCGAUUUUUAUUGUUUUUCACUAUGCUUUCAACCGUUACGUUACUGACUCAAGCUGUUGGUGUUUUAGUCGGAAUAUUACUCGAUGUCAAAAAUGGAGUAAUAUUUGGUCCUUUGACCUGUCUUCCAUGGGUUAUUUUCUCAGGAUUUUUCCUUCGAGCCAAAGAUGCACCAUCGUACUUCUCAUGGCUCUUCGAAAUCAGUUUUAUGAAGUAUGCGCUGGAAGGCGUUAUGAGUGCCAUUUAUGGCUACAACCGACCUGUCCUAGACUGUUCAGAAAUGUAUUGUCAUUUUAGAAUGCCAAAAAAGUUGCUCCAUGACCUUGGUCUAAAAGAUGGACAUUAUUUGCGGGAUUACUCUUUUAUCUUAGCACUAUUUUUAGGUGUUAAGUUCGCAACGUAUUUUGUAUUACGUUUCCAGACUAGUCGCAAAUUGUAAAAAAGUAUUUGUUCUUGUUUCCAGUCUCUCAAGUGAAAGUUGAUUUUCAUCCUAAAAACAAUAUUUUGCCAGAGCAUUCAGGGAAUUCUUUAGGAGAACUGUUGAAGUGUAAGAGUAAAGUAGAUACCUCAUUUCCUCUCUAGCUGUUCUCCAGAACUAACGACCAAAGACAUGCAAUAUUUUUAGAAAUUAACAUUUUAAAAUAAAAGAAAAAGUAAAAUAAAUUGAUAACCUGCUAUUUGGUUCCCAUUAUGAUCAGCUCCUAAGAUCAUAACAAUGUCAUCAUAUUUUGAAUUGAAAAGAAAGUGAGGUAUAGCUCUGUAGAAUUUAUUUUUAAGUUUUGGCUCCUUUAAAAAUGUAGUUUUUUAAAUUUCUUUUUUCGUCAACAUUUUAGCAAGAUAUAUUUGCUGUGACUCAAUCAAAAUGACAAUUAAUAUUUCAUGACAAAGUGUUCCAUAUUCUUCGUAAAUCAUGUUUUGUUACUUUUUUUAUUGUUGUAUCUCUCCUCUGCCGUUUUUGUCUUCUCUUUCUCAAUUUUUAUUUUUUGUCUUUCUCAUGUAAUUGCCAAAUUUUACCAGAUAUACAUGACCAUGACCAAGUUAAUUGGAGCCUAAGACUAUUCUUUAAUGUGUUACACAGUAUUACACAUGCCCUUCUUACCAAGAAAGAUGUGAUACAACAAAGGCUUACUUUCUUUUGUGUCUUUUUUGGUAAAGCUGUGAACUGUUUGCAAGCUAAUGAAGCACAAAUAAUAAGCCAUUAAAGCCAGGAUGCUCAGUAAAGUCAGGUACAUAUGUAGCUUUAGGUAUAUUCAUAUCAAACUAUAUCUAUUAUAUUAUAUAUUUGGUUACUCUAUUAACCUAACCUUUGGAAAUUCUAUAUUAUAGCAAAAUCAAAACUUUCUUCUAUCUGUGAGUACAAACCAUCGAUACCUCUGUAACUCGACUGUCCGCACUUGUGUUUUUCAAUUCUUCUCAUUUUUCAGAGAUGAGUGAUUUUCAAUCUCGCAUUUUUUAAAAAUUGAAAUAUUUUUCUGGCUUGCUCUUCAGAGGAUUUUUAUAUCUUAUUUUUGCUCUGAGAGAUUUGAAUAUCUCAAGGAAAACUUUUUUGUAACAUUUUAAACAAACAAAAAUAUUUGAAUUGGGUGAGUUGUUCUGAAAUGUGUAAAAGAUGUAAAACCCACUGAAAUCUCUCUACCUAUUUAGCAAAACAUCACUGCAUGUAACUACUGAACACAUCAUUCUGCAAUCACAAAAUGCAGUAUUAGAUCAUGGAUAGUUCUCCCCUGUGACCAGUUGGUCUUUAAUAUUUUAAGGAGUUUACACCCUCUUGCCUUAUUUUUUACUUUGGGAUCUCAGGAACAGCAAUGUGUAGGUACUUUUGUAAACCAAUCUCUUGAACAAUGUUUAAUUUACAAUAUUUUCCAUGUUUUUUUAAUUUUUAUUUUGACCCCUUAUUGUUUUUAUGGCAAAAGCACUUGUUUUAAUGGCAAAAGCACUGAAUUUAGUCUAGAAAAGUGGACAGAUAAAGUUAGGUUGAAGAGAAAAUGAGGAAGAAUAGUUAGUGGAAUGCACACUUAAUAUUAGUAAAUUUUAAUUUCAAUCGUAAAUGUUGGAAAUUAUACAAGUGCUGUUUCUUUUAGAUGGAUUUCAAAUAUGGAAUGAUAUUGACAUUCAUCUGUUUUUUCUCUGUAAAUAUUUGUGUCUCUCUGCCAAAGGUACAAAAGGUGAAAAAAUUUAUCAUAUCCUAAGA